GAACUUGUCUCAUUUUAUAGAAUUUAUGUUUAAGUCCCGGUGGUACAUUUACACACAAGGGUUUGAAGACGGUGUCGGAACUUGUCGCCAAAUCUCCCUCCGCAAGGCAAUUCAACAAUUCUGCCAAACGCUAUGUGGUUCUCCUAACUGACGGAAUGUCGGCAAACAGAGCGGAAACGAGAAAGGCUGCAGACAGCCUGAAACGACAGAUCCAUAAACUGAUAGCCAUUGGUGUUGGUCACGAGGUCUCCCAUCGCGAGCUGCUUGAUAUCGCGUCUCGAGGUGACAAGAGAACGCCCCAGUACGUGUUCGCCGUCAGUAACUUCAAUGCCCUCUUCACCAUCGUAGCGCAGCUCGUACAUCUCACAUGUCAAGAAUGCACCUGGAACACGACUGCAGAUGUUGUGUUUCUCAUUGACAUGUCGACGGAGAUGUCACAGGUGGAAGUAGACCUCGGGGUCGACUCAAUGACCUAUUUGCUGAACGGACUUCUGGACAAAAACCACAACACGACUGUACGGGCCGCUCUUGUUUCAUACGGAAAUGAGUUCCGUGUUCACCACACACUAAAUGAGUCCAUGGAGUUGCUACGAGAUUACAUACAGGAGCUGACUGCGCCGAGAUAUUGUGACGCUAGUAGUGACGACGAUUGUAGCGUCAUCAGAAGUCUGUCACGAGCUUUUGAUUACUUGAAUAGAAGCAUGUUUAAUAAUAAUGAAAAUAAUACCCGAGAGGUCAUAUUGAUUAUCACUAAUGGUAGGCACGACAUUGAUACUCCUGUCCGGGCACUGGCCAACGACUUAGUCAAGACAGGGAAGAUAUUACUCGCGAUUGGAGUCGGGGGUAAUUGGAAGGUCGAUUUCUUCAAGGAGAUUGUGAGAGACCCAGCUCACAUUUACACCGUGGAAUCGAAGAAAUCCAUGAACGUUCUUGACUCUGUUAUGACGGAGAUUGUCUACAGCUCGUGUGCGCUUUCGAACGAUUUUAAUAAUAAACCAUAAUAUUGUUUCGUACGCUUAAAUUUCGAUGACAAUUUGAUUUCAAGUAACAAUGUCGAGUCAAAAUUUAUUUCAUCAAAAUGAAUGUUAUUUCUUUCAAGAUAAUGAGAAUAUUGUUAUUGCUUGUUUACUAACGUAAAGGCUUGAUUUUAUGUGUUGAUAUGUUUUGUCACUAUUUAUUGAAAAACCCAACAAUUUAAGAAUUCAUUUAUAUUCUAUUCCAUGGCGGUCAUCCCAAAUUAAUACCAUUUUGUGUUCCAUUUUGUCGCGUGCUUUUUCAUAAGUCUUAUUGUUGGGUAAUUGGUAAUUUACCUUAAAUAUAAUAUCGGAUCUCGUAGUUAAUAUUAUAAACAUAUUCUUUUGCUACGAAAAGUGUUUCAUUUGGUUUAUUAUUUAUUUUAGAUGAAAAUUCGAUUAAAUUAACAUUGCCUUUUAAACACGUUCAUGACUUUGUAAACAAUCUUUUUUAGUCAUAUGCUGACAGAAUUUCGACGUGUCAUUUGGACUUAUUUGUUGAGUCUAUUUAAUAACAUGAAAUAUGGGAUAUUGUAUUGAACAGUGUAUGUCCAGAUUUCUCAACCUCUUCGAGAUAGGACAAUUUGUGCCAUUGAAUUUUCUAAUGGAUUAAAUAUCCUGAUUCCAUUGAACACAUUUUCGAUUGCUCUCAAUAUUUGUUGCAGUCUAACAAAUGCAAUUCAAUACAUCAAAACAACACUCAAUUUUCAGGAAAAUUGAUUAUUAUAUAGAUAAACAUUACUUAUAUUAAUAGCCACAUUCAGAAAAUAUUCACAAUAAGAUUUUAUACACAAUUGUAUGUUUUAAGAGCAAAUUAACAAGACAUGUACAUAAAAUGAUCGUAUCGUGAAACAACACUAGCAACUCAAAAUGCAUUUAGAAAUCAUUAAAAAAAAACUAAGACAAAAAUACAUUAAUAUAAACUCUUUUAUCCUGAGUAUGGUAUAAUAAUCAUUAUUCAGAAAGCGGAGUGUUGAUAUACGUUGCCAUGGUGAACAUCGACGAUUCGGCAGGCAUUAUGCAACAGGUGGUUUCAAAGCCGGAGUAUUUAAUGUAUGUCCAGAACUUUAACAGCCUGGAAAACUUGGUUGGAACUCUGUCAGUUUCAAUGUGUAACGGUUUGUAUUAUCUAUGAUAGCUGCCCUUGAGCGCGUCAAUAUGUAUUUCAUCACGUUGCAUAUGAAAUAUUCCUCAAGGUUAAAGAACCUUAAUAAAACAAACAAAUCUUUUUUUUUCAUGAAAACGAAAUGUUUUAACUCAGCAAAAGUGGGAAUUAAUGAUCGAAUACGCGUUCUUUCUAAAAAAAUGUACAUAUGCUAUUUUACUAUUAAUGUUGAGUGUUUACUGAUAUAUCACUUGCAAUUUAUUUAUUCAAACUUUAAUAACACUUUUUUGAUUAACGUUCAUACACAAUGACCCUCGAUGACUUAACUAUAUGUUUAGUAGCAUCAUUAUAGACAAUAACGGUUAUUUACGAUGCUUGCUCAUUGUUCUGUGUUAACAAACCAACAUCAUUAUUAUCAAAUGCGAUUUUCUGUUUAAUAAAUCGCAACAUACGAUGCAUUAUGAGAGUUAUCCUCAAACAGUGGUCUCGUCAUUAAACACAAAUAAAAUAGUAUGGGAUUUGAACGCAACAAUACUUUUUCAUUCGAGCUGAAAUUAAUACAAACUUAAAUUAUAUUUAUUAAAUUUUACCAUUUGUAUGAUGCAUAUAUUUAAAUGUAAUUUUGCAUUAUCUGCCUUGUUUAAUAUAAUAUCAUAAAAGUGGCCCAGGAGUGUCUACCGACAACGUGCGGGAAUGGGGGUACUUGUCACCAAGGCCAGACGACCUACAUAUGCGAGUGUCCUUCCCUUUUCACCGGCUGGUCCUGUGACAUAUGUAGGUGUGGGAAUAGGGGCUUGUGCAGUAUCGAUGGUGACAGAUGGAAAUGCUCAUGCUAUCCCGGAUAUACUGAUUAAACCUGUUCUACGAAUACGAAACCAAAAUGCAUUAAUGCCAUGAUUUUCUAAACAUAUAUUUUUAUAUUUAAUCACAAUAAUUGAAUUACUUGUGAUAUUACUGAUGGACUUUAGUUAAACUGCAGAUACAAGAGUCGCUUCAAUAUGUAUUUUCAUCGAUAACAACUAAUAGAUGAGUAUCAGUCUUCAAGUAAAAUCAGAUAUGUACGUCAUGACACAAAUACGCCAACGACAGUUCAUUGCUUUUUAUCCCAUUUUCACCGCGACAUUGACGGUAUAACACGUUGUGGAAUAUACUUGCUUGUAUUCAACACUGUGGAAUAUACCUGUCGCGUGCACGGACUACUUUUUAAAUGACGUCAUGCGAUAUGCGCUAAAAUUUGGUCGAUAUUGUUUGGUUCAUUGAUCGAAUUAUAAGGUCACCCAUUAGAAGAAAAUGUGCAUAUUUUGCAGAAAUAUAUAUAUAUAACAUAUUCACCAAAAGAAAUGUUGAAAUAAAAUAUAAAAUUACA